GCCAGUCGGCGGGAUAUCCAGAUAGCACCAGUGCAUGUUGCAGCUUUUCUGCUUUUUGCCCUGCUUUUGGCUUUCGCUCUUGCUUCUGCUUCGCUUCUGCUUUGCUUGCUCUUGCUUUUUUCCCCCCUUCUCAUUAGUUACUUUAGCUAAACAGUCCAAAUUCCUUUCUGGACUGUUCUCCCCACCCCGUUGGACCUGCUGACUGCUCCGGACUGGGAUUUAGAACACGGAGAGAGAGUUUACACCUUGUGACUGCAGCAGCUGCCUCAGCGCCGGAGAGACUGAUAACAGAGCAAACCCCCAGGAGAGACUUUCUGAAUUUGUCAUCUUUCUGAGAGCAGUGGAAGAGUGAUGUCAUCCGGUAUUGUUCAUUGUGUGUGCUGGGGGGUGCUGUGCUUGUCAAAUAAACAGGUUCUUUCCACCUCUCACCGAGGAAUUCUUCCCGAACUGGUUGGGGGGAGGGACUGUGUGGGUUUGCUUUUGGAGAAGCCCUUUUUGGGGAUUCUCUCCAAAAUUUGCCCUAAACCAGGACAAAUUUUGGCGCCCACCGUGGGGCUCGAGAGAGAGUGGAGAAACCCUGUUUUGAGUGCAUUUUGGUUACCAUUAGUCUGUUUCAGUAUAAAGCAGUUAAUAGACAUGCUUUUUGAAUUCAUGUCUAUUGGGGUGAAGGCUUGCAUGCAUUUCUGGUCCCUAAGGUUUUUUGAGAUCUUAAUACCUCUAUGGUCCCUUGGUUUGUUUUCUUAUCCAGAAAUAGCUCUUGUAUUGUCCCUAAUACGUAGCUUUUACAGCAGAGGGGCAGUGACCACAAUAGCUAUCCUGCUGGGCUUUGUGGUAAUAGCUUGUAAGAAGUUUAUAAACAUGCUGGGGUCUGCUCCAGGUGUGAAUGGUUCAUGGCUAUGGUUAUGCAUCCAGCUUGUUAGAGGAAGACCAGGGGGUGAGGCUUUUCAGCCUUUGCUUUCCUUCUUCUCCUCUGAAUCUUUUGCAUCACUAUUGGAGAACGUUCAGUUUCCCCUGAAUAUUAAAGAAACCAUCUUUCUGGUACUCAAUCUGGUAAGCUUGCUCAAUCUGGUAAGCCUGCUGCAUCUCUAGAAUGAGGGCUGAGAUUUCUAGACAGGUUGAUGAGAUCCCUGACUCAGGAAUAGACCCAGGUUUGGAAAAUCCUAAGUGGUGUGGGAAAUGGGAGAAUAUGGGCCAAAUCCUGAAGGAAUUCUCUGACCCUAUAGUCUGGGACUUUCCCCAUGAACAAAUUCAGAAUCCAGUUGAGGUGGGGAAAUAUCUGAAAGAGAAGUACCAGGAUGACCCUAAAGAGAAAAAGAUCAUUGCAGUGACCUGGGCCUUGGCAUAUGCUUAUCGCACGUUGCUAGAUACGGUUGGGCAGCAGACAGAGGCAGGGAGGCAGGGAGACAAAGCAGCCAAGCUAGAUAGUGAGCCUAAGCCAGCAGCUAAACCAAUGGCUGUUGCUACCAGCACUAGAAGUGGGAAAUGCACAGGCAAGACCAAUCGACCAGUGGAUGAUGAUGAUGAUGAUGAUGCAGGAGAAGGACCCUCAGCACCUCCUGAUGUAAAAUCAGAAGUCAAAGCAGCAGGUGCCAGAUCAGAAGCCAAUAUGGACUCCUUUUCCCUGAAGGACCUCCAUGGCCUAAGGAAGGAUUACACCCGGCGACCCGAUGAAUCCAUAAUUAGUUGCUUAGUCCGUCUCUGGGAUGCUGCAGGUGAGGCCACAAUUCUGGAUGGCACUGAAGCAAGGCAUUUGGGAUCCCUGUCACAUGAUCCUGUUAUCAACCAAGGAAUGAUGAGGGGGGUUAAUCCUCACAGCCUCUGGGCACGGGUCUUGGACAGUGUUGCACAAAGAUACCUGUGUGCAGAUGAUCUUUAUAUGCAGCAGACCCAGUGGAAGACCAUAGAGCAGGGGAUCCAACGCUUGAGAGAAAUGGCAGUGGCAGAGAUUAUCUUCUCAGAUGACGUAACAACUAGGAACCCAGACUUGGUAUCAUGCACAUCUGUGAUGUGGCGGAAACUUGUACGACUCGGGUCACAUGAAUAUGCUUCUGCCUUAGCCAUAAUGAAGCGAGAUGAGAGGGAUGAGACCGUGCUGGAUAUGACGAAGAAGUUCCGAGCAUAUGCAGACGCUGUGCGUGGCCCAACACAUGCCAGGAUCGCAGCAGUGGAAACACGUCUGCAAAAGUUAGAGGAUAAGAUAGAGGAGAAUCACAAGAAGCUCAGGGAGGAGAUUAAGGAAGAUCUUCUCCAAAUCUCAGCAGUACAGAUCAGAGGUCCUAGUGCCCAAUACAGACGUUCCCCAGAUGGAGAGAGAAGGUACACCCCACGAGCUGAGCUGUGGUUCUUCCUGCGUGAUAGUGGAGAGAACAUGAGGAGAUGGGAUGGGAAAUCUACUGCUGCCCCGGCACGACGGGUACGUGAAUUGAAGGAAGGCAGGACUCAGAGAGGGAGUUCCACCAAGAGGGAAGCAGCUCCAGUUGCCCGCAGCUGAACUACCAGAUACGAUGAUGAUAUGUCUGAUCCCCUUGAAGGAACAUCCAAGACAUAUGCCCAGAGAAAGAAGGAUGACCAGGCUUAGAGGGGCCCUGCCUCUAGCCAGGUAGAGGCUAGGGAAAACCGUGUUUUUUGGACUGUGUGGAUUCAUUGGCCUGGCACAUCUGAACCACAAGAAUACGAAGCUUUGGUUGACACUGGUGUGCAGUGCACAUUAAUCCCAUCAAGACAUGUGGGGACGGAGUCUGUUUCUAUUGCCUGUGCGACAGGGGGAUCCCAGGAUUUCACCUUGGUGGAAGCGGAUGUGAGCCUGACAGGAAAUGAGUGGAAGAAACACCCUAUUGUGAGUGGCCCGGAGGCCCCAUGUAUGUUGGGCAUAGAUUACCUUCGAAGUGGGUAUUUCAAGGACCCAAAAGGACUCAGGUGGGCAUUUGGCAUAGCAGCUGUAGUGACUGAGGGCAUCCAGCAAUUGAAUACUUUGCCUGGACUGUCCAAGAAUCCAUCUGCAGUAGGACUUCUGAAGGGAGAAGAACAACAGGUGCCAAUUUCCACUUCCACAGUGCAUCAACGGCAAUAUAGAACCACUCGAGAUGCUGUGAUCCCCAUCCAUAAGAUGAUCCGAGAGCUGGAGAGCCAAGGGGUGGUCACCAAGACCCACUCACCCUUCAACAGCUCCAUUUGGCCUGCAUGUAAAUCUGAGGGGGAAUAGAGAUUGAUGGUGGACUACCGUGCAUUGAAUGAAGUGACUCCACCAUUGAGCGCUGCCGUGCCAGACAUAGUAGAGCUCUAGUAUGAGCUAGAGUCCAAGGCAGCAAAGUGGUAUGCCACUAUUGACAUUGCCAAUGCAUUUUUCUCCAUUCCUCUGGCAGCAGAAUGCAGGCCUCAGUUUGCUUUCACCUGGAGGGGAGUGCAGUAUACCUGGAACCGACUGCCCCAAGAGUGGAAGCACAGUCCCACCAUCUGCCAUGGACUGAUCCAGACCGCACUGGAAAAGGGUGAGGCUCCAGAACACCUCCAGUAUAUUGAUGACAUCAUUGUGUGGGGGAACACAGCUGCAGAAGUGCUUGAGAAAGGGAAGAAAAUCAUCCAGAUCAUCCUGGGAGCUGGUUUCGCCAUUAAAAAGAGCAAAGUAAAGGGACCAGCUUGUGAGAUUCAGUUCCUAGAUGUGAAGUGGCAGGAUGGACGGCAUCAGAUCCCUACAGAUGUCAUUAACAAGAUCACAGCUAUGUCCCCACCGACCAAUAAGAAGGAAACACAAGCUUUCCUAGGUGCCAUAGGCUUUUGGAGAAUGCACAUUCCCAAGUACAGUCAGAUUGUGAGCCCUCUUUACCUGGUCACCCACAAGAAGAACAAUUUCCACUGGGGCCCUGAGCAACAACAAGCUUUUGCCCAGAUCAAGCAGGAGAUUGCUCAUGCAGUAGUCCUUGGUCUGGUCAGGACAGGACCAGAUGUGAAGAACAGGGUCUACUCUGCAGCCGCAAACCAUGGCUUGUCCUGGAGCCUUUGGCAGAAGGUGCCUGGGGAGACUCGGGGUCGGCCACUAGGAUUUUGGAGUCGAAGCUGCAGAGGCUCUGAAGCCAACUAUACUCCAACGGAGAAAGAAAUCUUGGCUGCCUAUGAAGGAGUCCAAGCUGCCUCAGAGAUGAUUGGCACGGAAGCACAACUCCUCCUGGCACCCCGACGGCCGGUGCUGGGGUGGACGUUCAAAAGCAAGGUUCCUUCCACUCAUCAUGCCACUGACACUACAUGGAGCAAGUGGAUUGCCCUUAUCACUCAGCGUGCCCGUAUAGGUAAACUGAAUCGCCCUGGGAUUUUGGAGGUGAUUACAACUUGGCCUGAAGGUGAGAAUUUCGGUGUCACAGAUGAAGAACCAGAACCAGUGACACGGGCUGAAGAGGCCCCUCCAUAUAACCAGCUGCCACCAGAGGAAACACGCUACGCUCUUUUCACGGACGGUUCCUGUCGCAUUGUAGGGAUGAACUGGAAGUGGAAAGCAGACGUAUGGAGCCCCACACGACAGGUCGCUCAAGCUACCGAAGGAGAAGGUGGAUCGAGCCAACUUGCUGAACUCAAAGCUGUUCAGCUGGCCCUUGAAAAUUGCUGAGAGAGAGAAAUGGCCAAGGCUCUACCUUUACACUGAUUCAUGGAUGGUAGCUAAUGCUCUGUGGGGAUGGCUGGAGAGGUGGAGAGAGGCCAAUUGGCAGCGUAGGGGAAAACCAAUUUGGGCUGCUGAUGAGUGGAAAGACAUCGCUGCUAGGGUAGGGAAGCUACCUGUGAAGGUCCGCCAUGUAGAUGCCCAUGUCCCCAAGAGUAGAGCCAAUGAGGAGCACCAACACAAUGAGCAAGUAGACCGGGCUGCAAAGAUAGGGGUGUCAAAGAUAGACCUAGAUUGGUAACACAAGAGAGAGUUAUUCCUAGCUCGGUGGGCCCAUGAUGCCUCAGGUCAUCAGGGCAGGGAUGCCACCUAUAAGUGGGCACGAGACCGAGGGGUGAAUCUAACCAUGGACAGUAUUUCUAAGGUUAUCCAUGACUGUGAGACGUGUGCUGCCAUCAAGCAGGCCAAGUGAGUGAAGCCCCUGUGGUACGGUGGGCGGUGGUUCAAGUACAGGUAUGGGGAGGCCUGGCAGAUCGACUACAUCACGCUGCCCCAGACACGCCAAGGCAAGCGCUACGUGCUGACCAUGGUAGAAGCCACCACUGGAUGGUUGGAAACCUACUCUGUGUCUCAUGCCACUGCCUGUAACACCAUCCUAAGCCUUGAAAAGCAGGUCCUUUGGAGGCAUGGUACCCCUGAGAGGAUUGAGUCAGACAAUGGGACUCAUUUCAAGAACAGCCUUAUCAAAACCUGGGCUAGGGAACAUGGCAUUGAGUGGGUGUACCAUAUCCCCUACCAUGCACCUGCUGCAGGGAAGAUAGAAAGGUACAACGGGCUACUAAAAACCCAACUGAAAGCCUUGGGUGGGGGAUCCUUCAAAAAAUGGGAGCAGCACUUAGCAAAGGCUACCUGGUUAGCUAACACUCGAGGUUCCACUAACCGAGCAGGUCCUGCCCAGUCUGAGUCCCUGAAUAUAAUAGAUGAAGUCCCAGUGGUACAUGUCAGAGGUUUAUUAGGGAGGACAGUGUGGAUCAAUUCUGCCUCGAGUACAGACAAACCCAUCCAUGGGGUUGUCUUUGCUCAGGGACCAGGAUGCACAUGGUGGGAGAUGCAGAGAGAUGGAACAACACGAUGUGUACCUCAGGGAGAUCUGAUUGUGGGGUGAGAAUGAAAUUGUUUGACGAUAUGGGGAUAAGGGGUGGAAUGUCCUAGGGUGACUGUUAUCCCCAUUUGCGUGUGUGUAAUUUAUGCUGGAUAUUAUGUUCUGUGCCUUUAAGACUGGCAGAGUGAGAGUUUUGUUUUCGGCCUCUUAUCAGCCACUCGGCGGGACAUCCAGAUAGCACCAGUGCAUGUUGCGGCUUUUCUGCUUUUUGCCUGCUUUUGGCUUUCGCUCUUGCUUCUGCUUCGCUUCUGCUUUGCUUGCUCUUGCUUUUUUCCCCCCUUCUCAUUAGUUACUGUCCUGGUUUGAAAGGAAGUGGUUUUUUUUUGGAGACAGUGGUUAGCCCAGUGGGGGCUCAGGUGUGAAUAUUGGCACCUGUUUGGACCAGAUGGUUCCGCCUCUGAGAACACAGGGUAUAAAGGUAGAACUCCCAGGAAGUGACGCUCUCUUGCUUGUCAGUCAGCAAAGGGAUCAGGUCAGUUCUCUCUCCCCCUCCGGCUGUAGGCCGGGUGGGGGAGGGGAAAAGGCCACGAGGCGCCGUGAGCUAGGCCGGAGGCCUUGGAUCUUGGAGAGAGAGAGAGAGAGACCGGGGGGGGAAGUGAAAGGAUGGAGGGGUGGAAGUAGUGAAAGCAGCGAGCAAAUUCCCCCGCCCCUCACCCCGCUUCCUAGAGAGAGAGAGAGAGAGAAGAGAGAAAAGAGAUAAGACGCACCUUGCAGCUCCUGGAAGUCGGCCAAGAGUGAGAAGAGAGUCCAGCACCUAGAGAUGAUUUUAACUUUUUUUUCCUUCACGAUGGAAACCUUCCAAACGUUGAUCCUCCCGGAGGACAGAGAUAAGAACAAGAAGAAAUGGACAAGUGAAAUGAGAGAGACUGCAGUUUUGGGGGGAAAGCAAUGGCUCGGAUCCAAGAAAGGCAGUGAAGAGUGGUGAUGGGCAGAGAUCAGGAAUGAGGAAGAUGAUCUCUCUCGUGAAGCCUUAGCCCCGGGGGAAAUGGGGGGGAUUUUGUUAUCCCAAAAUGGAGAGACUGUCGUUUUCUGGAACUGACCAAAGUAUCCUUAAAAAGAGAAACCCCAAAAGCAAUCUUCUGGUCCAUUUCCAUGGUGAGAGCAUGGAAUAUGGAAAGGGGUUAGUCAAGAAAUGGUACAAGGAGAAGACUCCUUCCUCUUUAAUAGAAUGUAUUGAUUGUUUGAAGAAGGAUAAUGGACUGAGAAUUAAAACCUGGGAGAUGGGGACUGAA